GACCCCCCUCUGGACCCGAUUUCUCGCUCUUCGAAGCCUGCCGAAAAUUCCAACUACGCUUCAGUGCUGAAGAACUAUUCCACCAAUGGAUGAUACACGAUGCAACCAAGCUUCUCCAUGACUCUGGCAGUGUGAAUACGAUUGAAUUGUUAUGGCAAUUUCUGAGACGUGGUGUCUCCUUACUACUUCUCUUCAACAUUCCCAUUCCACAACCACUCCCUGUCGAAAGCCCUCUCCGAUCUCGAGCUGCCACUUCCCACUUUUUGAGUAUCUGCGUUCGUUAUCUCAACAUUCCGGCGGCUGAUUGUUUCACAAUGCAAGAUCUAUACGAUUCGAACAUAAUGGGCUUCGUGAGGGUCAUCAAAUUUCUCAAUCGUGUCCUUUCCAUACUGUACCAAAACGAUCAUGGGAGACCCUCUAUUCUGAAAACUCCCCGGGAAUUUACUCCAAUCGUUACCACAGAUGUGCAAAGUCCCCUCAGAACCACGUUAACCAAUUUCUUGAAAUCCGAACGUUCGUACGUCUACGGUCUGGAGAAGCUGCUCGAGAUUCAGCGUAAUGCAGAAUUACUACACUUGAUAACGGAAAGCUUCUCUCGGUCACAUCUUAUAGAGCUAGAUAGGAUUUUGGAUUUCCAGCAACGUUUUUUGAUCCAAGUAAAAGAGCUCUAUCAUUUCGGGGCGGAUGUCAAAUCAUGGUUUGAGCUUUUUGUCCGUAACUGGGCGAAGUUCCAAGUUGUUGUUCCGUAUAUUCGGAGUCUGCCCUCCACGCUUGAACAAACGGUGCAAUUUGCCGACAAACUCAACUUAGUUUUGAGCAUUUUUGGGCAACAACAAAGCAACUCUUUUGGGGAAUUUUCUAGCCUAAAAGCUCUCAUGUUGGCUCCCGCACUUCGUUUGCUCGAGUACGAAAAAAUUUCCAAGGAUCUUUCUGGAAGGCCAGUUGUAUACCGAAAAUGGACGGAUGCGCUUGCGAAUAUACUACUUCCUUUAGAGAACCCCCUAUUCUUGGAGGCUGAUGUAGGGUUCAUUGAUCUGACCUCCAUGCCACCAUUUCAUCGCCAAGGGCUUACUAGACUGAGUUUGACACCCAUGCACUCCCGAAGCGUUUCCGCCAUCAAGUCGCAACCGGUGUAUACCAUGUUUCUCAGCAGACAUUUGCUCCUGUUUACCGAAAGGCAGCAAAAGCUGGUUGCAGUUAGCCAGAAACCUCGGCAGGUCUUUCGUAUUCAAAUGAAGAUGCUUUGCGAGCAUAUUUCAGUCACUAAGCACCCUGACUAUGAAAUCGCAAGUGAGUUGCAAUUUCUUACCUUAGUGGUUUUAUUUGGUAGGCCUUCGUCUGAUAUCAUUUCGACUAGGUCCAGGAGCUUGGAAACUCGUCUUUCUGGAACGUAAAAAGACUUCAUCCGGGACCAACCUGGCGUCAUUUUCCUUGUGGUUUACGACUAAGGAAAUGAGAGACAGUUGGGAGGAGUCUCUUCUGGAGCAAACACAGAGCAGACAAGAUAGAGAUCACAAGGUCUUCCGCGAAGGAGAAGGGUUGGAAUAAAGCAUGUGUCCCGUCUGCUUGGCACCGUACGACAUAGUCAUUACGAAGGGUCCCCAGCUUGCAGCUGAACGGACUUCAACGCCACACUCAGUUCACGUCAAAUUAAUCAGAACUUUUUCUCAAAUCCUUUUUUGGUUCUUCUGUCAGUUCUAUAUUAUCAUAUAUGCCUUAUCUUAUCUUGGAUUUUCUAAUGUCGCCUUUACUUAUAAACUAGUAUACUAAUAUAUAUAAAAUAUUUUAAAUAACUAUAAAAGGAU